AUGAAAGCUAAAAUUACGAGAAUGGAUACUCUUACGAGCGGCUCUAGAUAUAACGUACGGACGAUGAAUCAGAAGAUGGAUCGGGCGAAAUUAAGGCCUAUAAGCUACAACAAUGGGAGAUCCAAUGAAAGAAAAUGUCAAGGUUCAGGAUAUCAAAGUUGGACUAUUGAAGAGAGCAAUGAACUUCUUAAACUUAUGGUUGAUUCUCAUCGUAACGAUUCAAGCUUACGGACAGACCCUCAUCCAGACUAUGAAGAUCUGAGAAUUGCAGUUGGUAACGGUACAGCUAAAGGGACGUAUUCUAUUGCCAUAGGAGACGACACUGUAGAAGAAAAUAGAGAAAGUGGGAGCUUGCUAGAUGAUUUCACAUAUGAUCCCUCAAGUGAUGCAUUUAUUCCAUCAAGUACCCAAGAUCCUUUUCCACCAUCUCCCGAGAACUCUUUCAUGCCAACCUCAACUCAACAACAAUACUCGAAGCCCCAUCCACCUCCAAGAAAACGAGCUAAAACUGAUUCUCAAACCUCAUUUGAUCCUAAAGAUACCCAAGACCUUGUAGAAAAGCUUACAUCAAAUGUGGAGAAGUUUACUCGAGCUAUUGAAUCAAUUGAGACAAAAGAGUACAACUGUUGGGAUUUGAUUAAGGAGAUUCCAGGCUUAACUUCUGAGGAUCGUUUCAAAGCUCUUGAUUUGCUUAAUACCAAAGCAAAAAAAUCUGACCUCCCUCUUUCUGGUGGUGACUCAAAAACAUCAACAAGUGCUCAUAAACACAUCACACCAAAUCCCCCUAACCAAGAUGAAAAUACCCCUUCCCAUCAAGACAACCUCCUCCUUAUCAAGGAUAAGCCCUCACCAGCUCUUACCACAAACUCUGAACCCACACCUCAAAAUAUGGACAUAACAGAAACACUUAUCCAAACCCCUAUUCUCUUCCUAUCCAGCCUUAACAUGGAUUACUAUACUGCAGCCCUACCCAAGAAAGAUGAAAGCCAGAGUACGAAGAUGGUGAUAGAGCAAGAUAAACCUUGUAUCCAGGCUAGCCCUUCCAGCUCAGCUAAAACAACAAAGAAAUGGAGAAGGAAUCCUCAAUCUUCACUUAGCAAAGAGAUGCAAAACAUACAGUCACACACAUCUCUAUUCUCGAACCCUUGCCUCGCCCGCUGCUGCACAAGAAAUCUACCUCUCAUCUCAAUUCUCAAUUCAGCCGUUCCUCGUCGCCUCUCACCGACCUCUGCCCACGCCUCCGUCUCUGGCGUCCGUCUCGGGCGUCGGCCUUCAAAUACCGCUUCCAUCUUUCGCCUCCAGCCUCCGCCGCACUGCCUCCAGUCUCUGCCUCCGACCUCCACCCUCCGCCUCCAGCCUCCGUCGUAG